CUUACUAUAAACCGCUGAUGGAAGAUACAAUCCAGUGUGGUAGAUGAUCCCUUCCUAUUUAUCAUAGUGAUGCAGGCGGAGACAUUAGUUCAUCGAUGAAACUACAUGACUGAGUGACAGAGCUCUUAGUUAUUUUACAGAAAGUUAUAGCGGUGAAUAAUAAGAAUGAAACUAAGCUGAAGGAAUGCACAAGAAUGAUAGAAGAAUUCAAACAAGCCAAAAAUUAUCAGUUUCCUGAUGAUGCUCACCAUGAAAGUGAACUUGAAUAUCUGAGAAAGGAAAGAGAUAGACUUUUUGAAGAAAAUACUCUACUCAAAUAUGGCAUGGGUGGGCAAUCCCAACAAAUCCAGCCUGAGUUUGCCAUUGAAGAAGGCCAAUCACAUAAUGAUUCAUUCGUAUCCAGAGUUUCCUCCCUUCAAAUCAGUGGAGACUCAAUUCACAGUGAUUCUGUAAGAUUGGAAGAUAGAUCAGGACCAAACAGAGGGUCAGUUUUACAAACAGGUAACAAUAUGGAAGAGUUUCCCUCUCUUGGAGGAGGGAAUGAUCCAGUUUCAACAAACUCAAAAAGGUCUUCUAAAUGGGAUAGUGGUCCUAAUCUCAACAAUAUCAUGAGGAAGCCUAACAAUAAGAAGCCAAAGAAAUAGCCAUGGAUAUAAUAACUCUAAUAUGAGAGAUUCCAAUUUCCCGAGCUUAGAGCCAAGCAUUUUCAAGGAUAAAGAGCGCAGAGAUCCAAGAGAAGAAACUAAGAUGCAGCCACCAACGAAUAAGAAAGCAAGAAAUAAAUGGGGAGAAUAUGGUAGCGAACAUUCUGAUGAGAGUGAGAUUGAGCUGAAGAUUAAGAAGUUAAAAUAAGAGAGAUAAUAAGAAAAAGAACAAAGCUAAAAAUAAGAAAAAGCCUCAUGAAUAUAUCGAGCCGAAUAGUAAUAGAUACCAGAGUUAUGAGAAACCUUACGAUAUCAUUGAUGUAGACAAUGGCAACGAUUGGGGUGCUGAAGGGGGGAACUCUAGCUAUAGCAGCUCCAACACUAGUCAAUACUACGGGAAACCUAAGAAAUAAAUAAUAGUGCAAAGGAUUCUCCAAGAUUAUCUCAGAAAUGUGCAGAUAUAGCUAUUCAUUUUUUUAGUCAAAAUCUUGGAAGAAUUUGUAGGAAGCCCCUAGAGAUAGAAGUCAAGCAAGAACUUCUUGUAAGCCGACUUAUAGACUCCUGAGGCUAAUUUAUUUUUUCCAAUAUUCCAUGGA